UUUUUUUUUUUCACGCGCGCACUGGACUCGGACUGGCCGUUGACCUCGUCGUCGUCGUCGUCGUCUCCUGUCUACGGCCCUAGCCUUUCCCUCUGCUCCUUUCGCUGGCUACGUCCUGGCUGCAUUUGUUAUCUGCUUGGAAACGUCGACGCGUAGACGGUGAUCACACCAUCAAUCUGAUAGCCAUGUCUCAAUCUGCCACUGAAGGCGUGGCCUUGGUGCUACCCGAGCCCCCAGCUCCCAGCGCCACCGCCACGACCACCACGUCAGCAGCGACCAAAAAGUCGGGACGUCGCCCCCAAACCCAAGAUGGCGACAAGAAUAGCGAUAACCAGCAUCGAUCCCGCGGCAGCCACAGCUCUGGCGGCUCUGCAGCCACGGCGGGCCCGCCCCGCCGUGGGAACCACACGCUUCCUGCUACGAGUUCAAAACACACACUCGAAUCAAAGCUCUUUCGGAUCGAUGGCAUGCGCGUUCUUCUCGUGAGCAACGCUCUCGGUCAUCUGCGCGCCAUGGACUCCCUGGCUCAGCGCACCACAGCGGACUUUGUCCUGCACGUGGGCAACUUUGGCUUUUACGACAACGAUAGCGCUGGCCGCGUUCCGGCCGAGCACUUGCUCCCACAAUCCAACGUCUCACGCGACAGCUAUCACAACGGUCUCGGCGAGUUUCCCCUCUACCUCUCGGGCCGGUACAAAUUUCAGACCCCCGUCUAUGCCAUCUCCAGCCCAAUUGGUGAUGUCCACGUGCUCUGCCAACUGCGCAGCAAGGCCUAUCAAGUUCCCAACUUUCACAUGGUUGACGAAAUGACGAGCCAUCUGAUUGGAAAGCUGCGCCUGCUUGGCCUGGGUGGUGAGUUUCAGCACCACCGUCUUCUCAACUCUGGCGACGGCACCGUUGACUCAAUCGCCGGCGCCAAGGGCCAGUGCUGGUCCACGCUCAUGCAAGUGGGCGAACUCGUCCAAUUGGCCGAUAAGUAUGCUACCAACGACGAAAUCCGUAUCUUCCUCUGCAACGAGAGCCCAGCCUAUCAGGGCUACAUGGCCCAGCUUGCCUCCAAGCUGAAGGCCUCAAUUGUGUGUUUUGCAGCGCCCAACGCGCCGUGCCCCUCAAACUUUUAUCUGCUCGGGGUCGUGCCCCCCACUGCGAUUCCACUUUACACUGCCCAGUCUACGACGGAUAUGGCGUCCUUUUGGGAUAAGGUACCGCAAGCAGCCUUGGACGGCUGCUCCGAAGCCGAACGGAGCAUGAUCAAGUCCGCUUUUGAGCUUUCCAAGCUCACGCUUGACAACACGUAUGCCAAGUCGGUAUGGCAUAUUGCCGUGCCCGGCAUGCAGCGAGCCUGUGCCACCUUGCUGGUCGUUCAAGAUUUUCAUGUUGGUUUGGAAGCCUAUCAUCAUGGCGACAAUUUGCUGCGCAAGCGCGAGGGCGUCCAUCCUCGCCACCAGCCCGGCGUGUCUGCCGUCGUGCUGCGUCCCGCCGUCUGCUGGGACAACCGCGUGCAAGCUAGUGAGGUCCGAGCUUUGGCGGCACCUGCGGUGGUGUUGGCCGUCGACGUGCCCCACGAUCCUGAAGACAAGAUUGUCGUGUUUGUCAAGGACGAGGAUGCGGAGAAAACGUGCGGCCAUCUCAACGGCAAGGAAUUCAAGGGUACGGAAGUGCGGGCUUCCGUGCAGAGCAAGCGCGACGAUCGGGGCAGCCGCUCCCGGGGUGGCCGUGGCGGACGUGGUAACCGCAGUGGCGCGGAGGGUUCUUCAGGACGAUCUCGAAACGAGGGUCAAAAUAGCAAGGCCCGCGGUGCACGUCCCGCCAAGCAGUAA